GCUUCUAUCUUCGUGAAAUAAUUCACCCCCUCCUGUCACGUCCCUGUUACUUUGUCACGCGAUAUUUGUACGGAAUGUUUUGAAAGACUCGUGAGCAAGAUCUUACAUGGUGAUAAAAUGGCGUAUUUCUUAUAUUUUGUUUAGAUUUUUUAGUUUCCUCCUGUUAUAAAGGAUUAAAUUUAUUAUUAGUGGAAUGGAAAUGGCUUCGAUGGAAGAGUAACAAGACUGAAUUGUUAACAAGCGACAUGGGAUGACAAAAUGGCGCCGAAUUUGGACAACGUUGUGGAUUUACCUUGUCGAUGGUUAAACAGGUAUGAUCUACUUGAAACCAAGUUGAAACUUGUUUAAAAUGUUCUUGAUACCAUUAUGUCUGAGAUGAUUUACAUUUUUUGUAGGAUGUCGACGAGAUCGCCGAUAAACAACGGAGUAAAGUGGAGAACUUGGCCAAAUACGUCUAUUUGCAGGAGGUAGGCACAUUUCAAAUUAUUAUUUCGGUCAGAAAAUAUUAACUAUUUUACACCAAACCGGUGAUAAUAUAUUUAAAUAUGUACCAAUUAUGUUUCUAUCAAGAAGAUGUAGGGAAAAAGGUAAUGUAAGUCCACUGCUGUUUAUCUGAAGUUGCAAGCCACAAAUUGACGUUUAACUAUGAUUAUUGCAUGGUCAUUUUCUUGUGAAGUACUAGUGCUAGGCAUUUCACACUUACCAAUGACCAUCCCCAAAAGUACCAUCUCUGAACCAUAUAAGCACCUCAGAAUAGCCAAAGCUUUUAUGGUUUGGUAGAUAGCAGUCUGGCGAAAGCGUCGUUUUUGGGUGUGGUCAGUUUGGGACGUUUCGCCCCGGAUUGGGGUUCGGGCAGCGUUACCAUGUUGACCGUCAUGGUCAACUUACCCUAAAACAGUUGAGAUUAUCUGUCCCAAAUUAAAUGCAUACAAACUCAUAUACAGGUCCUAGACUACAGGGUAUAUCAGGAAAAAAUGGAACCUUAUAAAGAACUUAGUGAUUGAGCACCGGUAUCAGGAAUGUCUGGUUCAGAUUUAUUAGUAACACACUCUGCUUAAUAAACAAUUUGUUUAAAUCCUUUUUGUGUGUGUUUUGAUGUUAUGUGCUCAGGUGAAUAUAAUGUUUUUGGUGUUACUCUGAGUGUAUAUCCUGGUCAGGCUAACUUUUCAGCCUGCUCGGUGUGGAUAUACAUUCAGAUUAAUAUCAAAAACACAAUAGUUUAUUUAAAUGUAAAAAAGGCUUUGAAAACAAUUAUUUAUCUUAUUGAUUUUGAUUAGAAAAGAAGAAUACAACUUUAAUCGAAAAACUUAAUCUUUCCCUUUUAAGCUGUCGGAGGAAAAUAGUAUUUGAUUAGAAUACAGAAGCAUAAAAAAGCAUCAAGAAUGAGCAAAAAAGAGGAAAACGUAGAAACUUACCUUUACAACUAUCAGAUUCAUCACGAGACUGAACAAUACGAGAAAACAUUGGAAAAUGCAAAAGCUCAGGAGACAUUGGCAUGCAUUCGUUUAGGAGAUGCUUAUGUAUCGAAGAAUGACUUUCAAAAGGCAACUAAAUAUUACGAGCAAGCAUUAGAAAUUGCAAAAGAACGAAAAGAUCAAGAUCAGGAGACAACGGCAUACCUUGGAUUAGGACAAGCUUACAUACGGAUGCACCAGUGUCAAACUGCAAUUAAAUACUAUGAGCAGGCCUUCGAAAUUGCAAGAAAUCGUAAAGAUCAAGAUCAGAAGACAACGGCAUACCUUGGAUUAGGACAUGCCUGCGUACGGAUCCAACAGUUUCAAACGGCAAUUAAAUACUAUGAGCAAGCCUUACAAAUUGCAAAAGAGCGUAAUGAUUAAGAUCAGAAGGCAACGGCAUACCUUGGGUUAGGACAUGCUUACAUACGGAUCCACCAGUUCGAAACGGCGAUUAAGUACCAUGACCAAGCCUUGGAAAUUGCAAAAGAGCGUGAAGAUCAAGAUCAGAAGACGACGGCCUACCUUGGGUUAGGACAUGCUUACAUACGGAUCCACCAGUUUCAAACUGCAAUUAAAUACUAUGAGCAAUCCUUGGAAAUUGCAAAAAAUCGUAAAGAUCAAGAUCAAAAGGCAACGGCGUACCUUGCAUUAGGACAUGCUUGCACACGGAUCCACCAGUUCCAAACCGCAAUUAAAUACUAUGAUCAAGCGUUGGAAAUUGCGAAAGAGCGUAAAGAUCAAGAUCAAGAAACAGCGGCAUAUCUUGGGUUAGGAAAUGUUUAUAGAUUGAACCAUCAGCUUAAAUCGGCAAUUAAAUAUAAUGAGCAAGCAUUGGAAAUUGCGGAAGAGCUUAAAGAUCAAGAUCUGAAGGCAACGGCAUACCUUGGGUUAGGACAUGCUUAUAGAUGGAACAAUCAGUUUCAAAUGGCGAUUAAAUAUUAUGAGCAAGCCUUGGAUAUUGCAAAAGGAAGAAAGGAUCAGUGUCAGGAGACAACGGCAUACCUUGGGUUAGGACAUGCGUACAUACGGAUCCAUCAGUUUCAAACGGCAAUUAAAUACUAUGAGCAAGCCUUGGAAAUUGAAGAGCGCAAAGAUCAACAGACGUCGGCAUACCUUGGGUUAGGACGUGCUCAUAGAUUGAACCUUCAACUUAAAUCGGCAAUUAAAUAUGAUGAGCAAGCCUUGGAAAUUGCGAAAGAGCGUAAAGAUCAAGAUCAAGAAACAACGGCGUGCCUUGGGUUAGGGCAAGCUUAUAGAUUGAACAAUCAGCUUCAAGCGGCAAUUAAAUACUAUGAGCAAGCCUUGGAAAUUGCAAAAGAGCGUAAAGAUCAAGGUCGGGAGACAACGGCAUACCUCAGGCUAGGACAUGCUUAUGAAUUAAACAAUCAGUUUAAAACAGCAAUUAAAUACUAUGAGCAAGCCCUGGAAAUUGCAAAACAACGUAAAGAUCAAGAUCAGGAGACAACGGCAUACCUUUGGUUAGGACAUGCUAAUGAAUUGAACAAUAAGCUUCAAACAGCAAUUAAGUACUAUAAGCAAGCCUUGGAAAUUGCAAAAGAGCGUAAAGAUCAAGGUCGGGAGACAACGGCAUACCUUAGAUUAGGACAUGCUAGUGAAUUAAAUAAUCAGCUUCAAACAGCACUCAAAUAUUAUGAACAAGCAUUGGAAAUUACAAAAGAACGAAAUGAUAAAUAUCGGGAGGCAUUGGCAUACCUUUGGUUAGGACGUGCUAAUGAAUUAAACAAUCAGUCUCAAAUGGCAAUUAAAUAUUAUGAGCAAGCAUUGGAAAUUGCAAAACAACGAAAAGAUCAAUAUCAACAGACAUCAGCAUACCUUGGUUUAGGAGAUGCAUAUAUACAGAUCCAUCAGAUCAAAACAGCAAUUAAAUACUAUGAGCAAGCCAUGGAAAUUGCAAAAGAGCGUAAAGAUAAAAAUGUGGAAACAACGACAUACCUUGCAUUAGGACAAGCUUAUAUAUGGAACAAGCAGUUUAAAACGGCAAUUAAAUAUUAUGAUCAAGCCUUCGAAAUUGCUAUGGAACAGAACGACGAAGAUCUGAAGACAAAGGCAUACCUUGGGUUAGGUAAAGCUUACAGAUUGUCUGCAGGAAUUACAGGUAUGUAAAGGCAUUUGAGUUUCCAAGUUAGUAAGCCUAUAGAAUAUAAAAUGUAUUAACUUACAGUAAAUGUUACAGUUUUCAAAUCUUUUUGCGAUCGGUCCAAGAGAAAAUAUGAGAUUGUUUUAAAAUUAGUAAGAAAUUGUUCGGGAAGAGCGGUAACUUUUAACCCCAAACUAAAGUUAACCUGGAAUUCAGCAAACCCUUUGAGUGCAGCUACAGUACGUCACACUGAGUAACAAAGUAAGUUUCAUCUUUUUAAGGUUACAGAACACCUUUGAGUGUUAAUAUUGCCUAAAAUCAUUAUUAGUAAGAAUAAAAAGAAACAAGGAAGCAUUACUCUACUACGUUCUGCUAUCUGACCAAGUUUGAAAAAAAAAUGUUGAAAGUGAGUUAUUUAAUAAAAUACAUUUCGCUGCAAUAAGAAAAACACUGGAAAUGUAAUAUUCAAAUUCAAUUUUAUCCCGGACGAAUUUUACGGCAAUUACUGAUUUUCAAACGAGUUGUUCUCCUGCGGGUUUUAAUGAUCUUUUUAUAAAUAUUCAGAAGACAUAGCUAUAAAGACGUCAGUUUCAAAAAUUUGUUCGGCUUUUUCUAAUUUUGGAUAUGUUAAUUGGACGAAAUAAGCAAAAAAUGUGACAUCAUAGUUUUUUAGAACAACUAUUUUACUGUAUAAAAAUGGAUUUUUCAUAAGUAUUUCUUAAAACCAGAAGGAAAACAACUCAAAAGCGUAAAGGUAGCUACUGCGAUUUAAGAUUUUCCUGAAUAAUACAUUAUUUUAUUCGUUAAACGGUUUGAAUCCAUGUUCAUUCAUUUUUUGUUUGUUUUAUUGUUCUUCUAGAUUAUUACAAAAUUAAAUAAGCUUUGUCUGACGUUUCGGUUUCCUACACGAAAACCAUUUUCGAAGAUUUGAACGUUUGUCCAUUUUAUCCGUUGAUGUUUAUCUUGCGUCAGCUGCACGACUGCGUGAUUGUCUUCGCCUGCGUUCACAUUCUGCGCGCGCUCGUUCAUUUGCAAUUAAACUAUAAUACGCGCCUGGCAUUUCGCGGCAUUUCCUGGCAUUUCGAAAAUGGUUUUCGUAUAGAAAACCGAAACGUCAGACAAAGCUUAUUUAAUUUUGUAAUAAUCUAGAAGAACAAUAAAACAAACAAAAAAAAAUUAUUUUAUUGUUUGUCAAUUUUACAACUUCAUCAUAUUUUGUAUGCUCUAUACUUGCGAACAUUCGGUGAAAGUUUGAUGAAAAAUCGGAUUGAUAUUGAGCGCCAUUCCUCCAUCAGAUAAACUAAGAAUCGUCCCAAUUGGAUAAAAGGCCACAAAGUGAUCGCAAAUUUCCCAAAGUUGUUGGGAAAACAACGUCAUAACUGCGCCCCCUUUCACUCAAUUUCGAUCAACCAAAGUUUGGAAGAUGCCCAGCCAUUCCUCUAUCAGAUAAACUAAGAAUCGUCCAAUUGGAUAGCCUUAAAUGUUUGGUUGGUCAGACUUAUCAAUUUUCAUACACGUUAAUACAUGCAAUGUAUUUAUGCAUGACAAGAAAAACAUAUACGAGCAAAGAGGUUGACAGCAAACCACCUAAAAUCCAAUUACAGUGAGUUCUUUCUGCGUUGUUCUCCCGCAGAGUAAAGUUCUAUGGGGGAGCGAAUUUUUGGUUAAGCAGUCUAGCUAAUCAAACAAUAUAAAAUACAAAUGCUCAUUAAUUAUUUAUCAGGCAGUUAUCCAAUCUGGUGUAGCAAAUUAUUUACCUGCAUAUAUAUUUAUACCAGCUAGAUAGGUAUAAAGAGAUUUAUACCUAUUGUAUCGAAUAUUUUGGAGGCAUUAGUUUCUUUAAGUUGUGAUCAUUAUUUGCUUCGAUUAAUGAAAAUAGUUUUAUACACAGCUUUUCUCUUCUUUCGUAUAAUGUCUCCAACAUUGUAUAUAAUGUCUCCAACGUACAAUGUCUCCAACGUACAAUGUCUCCAACAUGCCUGAUAUAUUGCUUCGAUAUACCAAAUCUGGUUGAAUAAUUCUAAUGCUUAUAUCUGACAGGAAGUUAUAGGAAGAUUUGAAUGAAAAAAUUGAAAAGAAUACCCAAUAAUUGAACUAAUACACGCAGUAUAGAAUUGAACUUAUAUAAGGAGCUAGUUUCCACUUCAGCGCGUUUUAAUUGCUUAAUAAAUAAAGUCGUUUGAAAGCCUUUUCCACGAUAUUGCUUAUACCGUGCUUGUUUCUUUUCAAGUCACUGGUAAGUGUCAUACCAAGAAAUUUUGCGGAUUUUACAAUUUGGAAUGACUCCACGAAGGGGCGGAUUAGCCCAGCGGGCUACCGGGCGAUCGCCCGGUUGGCCCCCAGUUUUGUACAAAAAUGAUCCCUAGUUUUGUACUAAAAUAGAUUUUAGUUCAAUGGGGAAGAAGCUUAUCCUUGGCCUUGAAUUUUUAUCAAGGGCCUGGAAAUAGCUUGAACACUCGCAGGCAGCAGGCAAGAAACCAUGACAAUAACGAUUACAUAAUUAUAUGAAUAACGCCAGUCGAUCGUAUUAAAUUUGAGAGCCCAACAUAUAACUUUUAACAAAGCCAUUAAAACAGUUUUAAAAGAUUGUAAAGAAUUUUAAUUGUAAUUCUACUUUACAGAAUUUUCAACCUCUGUUCUAGCUAUGAAAACUUUCAUACUCAGCUUGAAGUUAUUAGGAAACUGUUUAACUUGAAUGGUUUCCCCUCCCACAUGUUUGACCGUCUUGUUCAUCGUUUCUUAACAAGAUCUUCGAACCCAAACCUCCUAUUCACACGGUUCCUAAAAAGGUUAUCUAUUUUUGCCAUCCCUUCACAGGUUCACACUCUCUUCAAAUUCGCACUCAAAUCAACCGACUUUGCAAUGCUGCUUAUCCUCAUCUCAACAUUCAAUUUAUCUUUCGCUCUUCUAAACGCAUCUCUUCUUUCUUUCCUUUUAAGGAUAAAGUUCCUACGUUCCUGAGAUCUGGUGUUCUAUACUUAUUUAAGUGUCGAUGCUGUUCCGCGUCGUAUGUGGGUCAAACCAUGCGCCAUUUACACACCAGAGUAUCGGAACACCUGGGACUCACUCCUAUAACAGGCCAGCCGUCAUCCAGACCA